ACUGUCUAGUUCGUAGUUAUUUCUAUUUCUCAAACAAUAAUUAAAGCUGAUUACUAAUUAAUAUAAAUGAAUUAAUAAAUAAUAUUAUAUAUACGUGUAUUAUAGAUGUGGUAAUGUAAUAGUGUAGGAGGUAUACCUAUUUUGAACUUUCACAAUAACACCCUAUUAUAAUGGAGUCAGACAUAACGGAUAAAUUUAAUAAGUUAUCCAUUAAAAAGAAAAUCCAAAAUGGUAAUAUGUUGAUAGUAGAUGAUCCAACUAUAAUGAAAAUCAAUGUGGUUCAGACUGUUCUAAUGGGUAAUGGUCAAAAUUGUGAAUCUGUUAGUAAAGUUCUUUCUUAUCGAAAUAUACUUCCAACAUCAAGAGAAUUUAUGGAACUUGAAAAAGUAUUUUUAAAAGAAAAGCUGCUAAUAGAAUCCGCAAAAGCUGUAGUAAACCCUUAUAUCAAACAAUCAUUUGAAUUAAAAAGAAUAUGUCAUUAUAAUGACAUAACUCCUUUAUUACUGUAUCACGGAACCAAAGAAAAGUAUGUUGAUAGUAUUUGUACUUUUAAUUUCAAUUGGAGAUAUAGUGGAUUUGAAACAGGAUAUAAAUUUGGAAAAGGGGUAAAUUUCUCUGAUAAACCAACUUAUUCUUCCAUGUUCUGUGAUAAAAAAAAAUUAAAAGGAGUUAUUAUUGUGGCUGAUGUUCUUAUUAAAACCGUUGCACCAGGUAAUCCUAAUUUUGUAUUACCACCCAAAGGUGCUGAUACCACAAUUGGAAAAGGUACGAGGGUUAUUGUAAAAUUUAAUGACAAUGAAUUUUGUCCUAAAUAUGUUGUUCGAUUUGUUAAAAAGAAAGGAGGGUAG